AGCCCCUUGAUUUAUACACUCAAGCCUGGGGGGCCAAGCGUUGCCAUGUCGCAGCCAUGGAAGAAGCAAAGAGUUGAUGAGCCAGAGCCAAGUUCAAGCGUCCUUACAUUCUUCAGUGAUGGAUCCUUCAGAAGAGUUCCAGUUGCUCAGGAUUCUGAGGCAGUGCCUCGAAACAGGAAGCAAAUAACUACGGUUUUUGCAGCCGAUGGGAGGUAUGUGCACUUGGAGAAUCCCAGCGCAGAAGUAUUACAACACAGUGGCUGGUCUGCACAACAAAAGCGCGGCCAAAGAAAGUCAGAAGGAACCUUGGCCCUGCGCCCCAUGGCAACGAAUGUUGCUGCCAAUAGUCAUGCUGGGGCAGGUGAUUCGAAAGCAAGCCACGCCGCCAGUGGACUGAGCCUGGGAGCAAACAUGCCGUCCCAACAGGCAUCAGAGAAGUCUUGGCUGGAUUCUCGGCUGGAGAGGGCAAGAACGCUUCCACCGCCAAGUGUCAAGCAGGACCCCACAAGUGCCACAAAGUCUCAGGGCCCUGCGGCAAAUGUCAUGGUAGAACUUCGAGUUGCUCAGAGAAGUCCAAAGAACAGCACAGAAAGUGCGGCAUGUUUGCGAAUUAAUGCUUCUUCCACAGAGGCCUUGGACAAGGUCUUGACUGAGUCUGUUGGCAGUUUAUUAUCUGCCAUGAAACCAGCAUUGUCAUAGGCAUGCAGGACAACAGGCCGCUUUACUCAGCCAAUGAAGACAAUGAACAUCAAUGAACAAUGAGUGAUCGGAAUGCUGCACAAAAGUUGCAGACAAGAGGGACGCCUCUGCAUGCCUUGGAAAGGAGGCAAUGCUGAUCGGAACAGUGCGGCCCCUUUUGUUUCAAAA